AUGCAGUUGAACAUCCUUUUGCAGCGUUGCAGGCGCCUGCUGGAGCGACUUUACAUCGAGCGAGACUUCUUUCGCCCGUACGAGAUACUGCUCGCCCUGCCGGGAUUUCAUCUCGUGGACGGGUUUCGCCGCAAAACUUGGGUCCGUGUGCUGUUCUUCGUGUCACGCAUCGUUCUGCUGUUACAGUACGCGAUCUGGGCUGAUCGGUGUUAUCUCGGGCUGAUCAACGCACCGCAACACUCCGGCAAAGCGCUUCACUACGGCAAUACGUUCGGUGUGCUAACGAUGAUGCUCGUUCGCAUGCUAGUGGUGAGGUGGUAUCUACCGAACGUGGAGCAGUUGAUGCGUUACCUCCGGGGACAGCAACGCCACCGGAAGUCAAGAUCUACAACGCAUCGCGUGUCCUAUCGGAAGAUCGCCAACAUAGCGGUGACGUUCCAGCUGAUCGGACUGGCGGAUCGGGUGGUGUUUUGCUUUUCCCGCACGUACCGUGAAGAGUUGUACCAGAUGCCGUCGAACCUAGUUGAUCUUGGAUGGCCGAUGGUGGUAGCGUUACACGUGUUUUCGUUCGACUUUGCGUCACGAUGGGCCGCCGCUUUCAAUGUGUCACUUACGGGCACGAAUUCGAUCAUGAUGGGACUGUACGACGAGCUGGUGGACAUUGCCGAUGAUUACAGCCGAAUGUUUGAGGUUCGAGGAAGCGAUGGCGAGUUCUGGACGGGUUUGGAGCGUCACAUUGCGCAAACUGUCAAACGGCACGAAGCGUUCAUACGCGAGCUGAAUCAGCUGAAACCAUUCCUGCAGAUCACAUUCCUGGUGAUGUUCUACUCGGCCGCACUGUUCCUCGCAAUUGGAAUGUUCAUGAUUACGGCAAACGGGACAACGACUUACGAUGUUAUUCUUAGUGGGUUUCUGUUUGCGCUGCUGCUUGAGUGUUACUGGUGCUGUCGACUCGUUGAUCGUCUGAAUGAUAUGAACACACAGAUAGGCAAGCAUCUGUAUAAUCUCGCGUGGCCUACAGAGUUGCAGUACACCUGGGCGGACAGAGGUCGCUACAGACAGGCACGAAGCUCGCUGCUGAUCAUGAUGAGCUCGACGCAGAAGACGCUCGGGAUUAGCUGUGGUGGCAUGUUUGAGAUGUCCAGCGAAGCCUUCGCUAGUUUGGUGAAGAUGACCUACACCGUGCUAACGUUCCUCCGUGACACACAAAACUUCUCCUAAAUGUAGCACACAUCACCACAACGCUCAAUGGCUACGUCACAACGAGGUGGGCAAACAUAAAUAGAGUCAAUUAUGGAGUCCAGUCGCUCGAUAGCGAACACCGCUCUACAUCAAUGACUCUGGAAGGCGCGUGUGUGCGUCUCUGUUUUGGCAACAGCAGAGCAGCAAUUAGAACCAGCGUGCGGUCCCACUAAAACAAACACGUGUCAAGCGUUGAGAGCCUUAAUGCUACCGGCGGGAUAUUUCUUUACCCGGGGGUUGUAUCCCAAACCUCAGCUUCAAAAAAAGCGAAAGGAUUCAAAAUACAUUCAACGUCAGGAUUUAGGGAGAACAAAACAAAAAAAAAAAAAAAAA